AUGUUCAUACUAGCUGAUUGUAUUCAGUGCUGCCUGUCACUGGAGAAGCUGGAUUGUGAUAAGUGUCGAAUUACUUCAAACGAUAUAUUUACAUUAUUGUCACACCUAAAAUUCCACGAUAUUCAACUAAAGUGUUUAAAACGGUGGGACCUUCAAGACAACAGCAUCGAUGAUGACGCAGUGAAUACUCUUAUUACGUAUUUGCCUUCAGUGUUUCCAUGCAUUGAGGAUAUUGAUCUAGAUGAUAAUCUCGUGAGUACAGAGACAGUGAAGAAACUUGAUGAGUUUUUGAAGGAGAGAAACACGACUGAAGAUGAGGAGUUUGAUUCCACUAGUUCUGAAUCAACAACACCUGAUGAUGCAAGUGACUCUCUGCCAGAGCACACUAGUACUGAUUCUAUCAGUGAGGAUACGGACUUUAAAGCUACUGAUGAAGAUCUGAAUGCACUAAAGGAGGAUAGGUCCCCUACAGCUAGUCAGGAUUCCACAGCUGCUACUGAUAUUUCCAAUUUAACCAGCCAAAAACAACAGCUACAAACAGACUCGUUAUCUUUUCCUUCGCAAGGUUUGCCUAUUGAAACAGUAAAGAGAGACGCUGAAGUCACUAACGAGCAGCUUGACACAACAGUAGAAGAAACACACCUCUCUGAAAUGUCGUCACAAUCUGACAGCACCCAUAACGACUAUCUUAUGGAGCAAGGCCUCUCAUCUGGACAACAAUGUGACGUGAGGAGUCAUGCAUUCGUACCCGGCACUCAGGCUGCUGAUCAUGAUGUCAUGAACGCUCCUGAGGUGUCUCACACACUAAAAGAAGUACCUAAUAACAGCCUGACCAUUGAAGCACUAAAGAGGGAAACUAAUAUCACUGACGAGCAGCUUGACACAAGAGUAGAAGAAUUAGACCUUCCCAAAUUAUCUUCAUAUUUCGACAACACUAAUGACUAUGUUGAAAUACUGGGGCUCUCACCUGGACAGCAAACUGAUGUUAUUGAAGAGAAGGCUAGAACAGCAUUGAAUCGAAUACAUGCUGGAAUAAAGCUGGCUCUGAAAUACUGGCUGAAUAGAGUUCUUUCAGAGGGUACCUUCAGAGCUCUGCUACUCAUCCUAAUCUCCCUGGACAAAGGAGACGUUGCUAUCAAGGUGGCACAGUAUUUGUCAGCCAAAGGUGCUAUAUAGAUGUUAAAAAGUCAAUAGCUAUAUAUAGUGCAUGCAUGUGAACAUUAUUCAAUUAUAGCUAGUUGUAGAGUAGUUAUUAUUUCGUUUUUUGAGAGACAAAUACUUGAUGUGUGGUAACUGAUAAUUUAUUUUAGUUUUUCAUAGAUCAUUAACCUUUUAUUGUACAUAUACACAUAUCAGGCUGUUUGUUUCCUACAUCAAGAAUUCUGUAUUAUAAUCAUGUUAUAGAUAGCUCUCACAUCCUGUAUAAUUAUCAGUCUCAUUUAUAAAAUCGAAUAAUCAGAUGUAUACGUACUAGUUGAUCAAAAAAUCCACACAGAUUCUGACACACACACACACACACAAUGGUGUUUUUGCACUAAUUUUAUGUCUUUGAAAUGAACUCUCUCCUUCA